AUGAGCGAGGCGAUAUUUACCUGCAACUCAUGUAUGAUUCAGUUCAGAUCGAGCGAUCAACAGCGUUACCAUAUGAAAACCGAGUGGCACAGGUAUAACCUGAAGAGGCGCAUUAGUCAGUUGCCCCCCAUUAGCGCUGACGUUUUUGCCGAAAAGCUACAAAUAUCUGAGAGGGCUAAGGAGCUCAACCAGGUCGACGAAUUUGGGUUUCCCAUUUUGAAGGCCAAGACCCCAAGAUACAAGAGAAGUGACGAAGUAGAUUUGAGUAAACUGCAACGGAGAAGAAACCGCAAGUUGCGUGAGGACAACCAUGAAAGAUCUGUUUCUCCAACCCCGUCUGUAGCUUCUCAAAUUUCCAAGCUUUCGGUCAACAGCAAUGAGAUACAUACGGAUUUUGAUGAGGAGAAAUCAUACGAAUAUGGCUUUACCACUGAUUCGAACAACGAAUAUAACUCCAGUGACUUCGAAUCUACUAGUGACGAGCUUUCUGGAGACGAAGCAUCCUCAGAGCGUCCUUCUAUCACAGAUUGCAUUUUCUGCAAGGCUCAGAAUAAAGAGGUCGAGCGGAACCUCAAGCACAUGUUCGCAUCCCAUGGGCUUUACAUACCAGAAAGGUCGUAUCUUAUAGAUCUUACGGGACUUUUGAACUUCUUGAUAGACACCAUAGUUGUUGCGAAUGAGUGUCUCUGCUGCUCUUUCAAGGGUUCAAGCUUACAGAGCAUACGCGCACACAUUGCAUCCAAAGGACAUUCCCGGCUGCCAUAUGAAACCAAGGAAGAAAGACGCAGGGUAGCAGGAUUUUACGACUUUUCAUCAGAAAACGAAGUGCAGUCUAAUCUCACCCGCAACAAUGGCAGGAGUGUCGCAUUCGAAGCAGAGCCAGAUAGUGGCUCAGAAGGGACACUCCCCAGUGACACUGAUGACAUAAACUCAAACUAUACACACGCAGAGGUUGACGACACCGGCGUCGAACUCACCUUACCUAGUGGUUCUAGGGCAGGUCAUCGUUCAAUGAGAAGAAUCUAUAGACAGAACCUUCCUCUACCGCCAAUGGCUUCGGAUGGUAAUAGAACAGUAGCCGCUGGAGAUAGGCGCUUUUUUGGUGGAGUCACUGAUAAAACAAUGAAAAAGAACGAUAAGAAGUCGCAGCAGAUCGAGAGGCAGAUAAUGAACCGCGAUAUUAGAAACCAAGCUAAACGUGGUAACUUUCAAACUCACUACAGGGACGAGCUGCUUCAGUGA